CCUCUUGUCUUGUUUGAUCAGUUUUAAUUAUAUCAGUUAGUCAGGUUGGCACGUGCUCCUGGGGACUACCAUUUCUUCCUUCCUUCAAUGCCAUAACUUCUCUUCUAUUUUCUGUAUUGCUUUCAUUUACACCACCAUUUGACCAUUUUUGCCUACUUCUUCUUCUCUUGUUUAAUCCUUUCUUCAAGUUAUUAAGGAGGCUCUAGUAGUAGUUGUUUUCAGCAAGAACAAGACAAGUAAUGUAUAGAAAAUAACAGAGCAGAAACAGAGUUAGUUAAGCUGCAAUGGUGAUGGAAGGGAUUGAAGAAGACAUGGGUGAUGGUAAUAUGAUAUGUACAAAUCAUCCUUACAAGAACAAUACCCCAGGUGGGAUCUGUGCUUUUUGCCUUCAAGAAAAGCUUGGAAAACUUGUUUCUUCCUCUUUUCCUUCUGCCAUUUUCCCUUCUUCUUCCUCUUCUUCUACACCUUCUUUUAGAUCUGAUCAUUUUGGUGUACCUACCACUUCCACUACUACUACUACUACUACUACUACUACUACCUCAACUCUACCAUCACUCCAAACCAACCAAACCAACAACAAGAACCAAACAAAUGUUUGUAAUAAUCACUAUGGGAAAAUGAGGAAAUCAAGAAUGCCUUUUCUCUUGAGUAGCCAUUAUAACAAGAAGAAAAAAGAUGGUAAUAGUAAUGGUAGUGUUAUUGCUACUAUGAAGAGAAGCAAGUCUACAACAAUUCCUAGAAAUGGUAUGCAUUUCUUGAAUGAAGAAGAAGAAGACUAUAAUACUCCUCACAGGAGAAGGUUCUGGUCAUUUCUCUACUACUCAUCUUCUUCUAAGCAGCAGCAUUCCAAGAAAACUGAAAGAAACAUGACUUUUCCUUCAGUUGGGAAUGGUUCUAUGAGGUCAAAGAAGAAAGAAGAAGAGUUUGUUGUGGUGGAGGAGAAUGAAAAUGAGAGUAGUCCUGCAGUUGAUAGAAAAGUAUCUAGAUCUAGAUCUGUUGGCUGUGGAAGCAGAAGCUUUUCAGGUGAUUUUUUUGAAAGAAUCUCAACUGGUUUUGGAGAUUGUACUUUGAGAAGAGUUGAGUCUCAAAGAGAAGGCAAUAACAAGUCUAAAAUUCAUCACAGAAACAGUGGUGCAGCAGCAGCAGCAGGGGCAGGGCAAGAUUGUAUCAAAGAAAGAGUUAGAUGUGGUGGACUAUUCAGUGGUUUUAUGAUAACUUCUUCAUCAUCAUCUUCAUCAUCUUCAUCUCAUUGGGUUUCAUCUGAGGAAAAUAUGAAUGGGAAAUCUGGCAUAGCUCCUGUGGGACAACAACAACAACAGCAGCUUGUACAUGGAAGGAACAGAAGUUCUUGGGGAUGGGCAUUUGCAAGUCCAAUGAGAGCUUUCAGUAAGACAUCGUCAUCAAAUGGGAAAAGAGGUGCAUCAAAUAAGAAUGCUACUACUCCUAAUUUGGCAGCUAUUCCUUCUUUGCUGACUGCCAGAGGCUAAAUCAAAAGGGCUCUCUUUUCCUUUAUUCUACUACUUUUAUUUACUAAGUUUAAUUAGCUACUGAUACUACUAUAGAAAUUUUACAUUGUUCUUGUUUGAAAACUCUGUUUAUUUGUCAAGUGUGAUCCAUGCUUAUCUCUUUUGGUAAACAGCCCCUUUUUUCUCCUGCUAUUGAGGUUGAUGUUGAUCUUUUCUUAAUUGUUUUGCUUUUGUGGAGUAAAUAGGAUACCACUUCUUUUUAUGUCUAUUGUAAAAUUGAAUAAUUGAUUGAAUGAAAAUGCAUGUAGUUUAUUUCA